AUGACGGCCUCCAAAAAGAAAGACUUCAAGGAUUCAGAGGGCCGAGAGCCGAUCGGAUGGAAGCCCAAAGCCUUGGAUGGAGGCUACGGCUGGGUGGUGGUCUUCGGAUCCUUCAUGAUCCAUGUCUUCGCUGAUGGUUUCGUUUAUUCUUUCGGUGUUAUCGCCGAGAGCUUAGUGCAGGUAGGUGCCUUUUAUCUAGAAGCAGACUCUUUUGAGCGUUAUACUACGUAUUUGGUAAUGAAUCCAUUCAAGGCUAGACAUUAAAAAUUAUGCGAUAAACGUCUUGAACGGACAGUUUGAGAACGGGGUUUAUUUACGUGCACAGACUCAGAGAUUAUGCCCUUUCGAUUUGGCCAGAUGAUCUUGUUUUGGGCCACUUCUCGGGGAUAAACAAAUGGUUUUAACUUUCUUAAUUAGUCACCCGCUUUUUCUCUUAACAGGCGGAUUGGCCAACUGCAAGUCCCUUUCAAGCCUUCUGCACACAGAUCGCAAAUUUAAAUUUAAUGUUAUAAAGUCGGGGAUUAAAGUGCAUCCAUAAUUGUAAUGAGACUACUGGCAAUUUAUCAAUAUGUCGGGAAAACAACGAGCACAAUGUCGUCGCAUUGAAAAUCGCGUCGCUGUAGUGAAAAACGCAUCGUGUCGCAGAAAAAUUUUCUAUUACUUCGCCGACAAGGCAUAGCUGACUAAAAAUUCGGGAGAAGGGAGGGGGUACCAUCAUGUAGAAAAUCUCCGCGGCAGAUUGAUAUUUUUAGGAAUUCAACGCUUCAAAUGCUGAGACUUCAGUCAUCCUCUCCUUGCUCACGGGAUUGAUGUUAGCUGCCGGUCCCAUUGCGUCAGCUGUCUGUAAUCGGAUUGGCUGUCGAUGGACCACCAUUAUUGGGGCUUCCAUUGCCUCAGUUGGAUGUGCUGCUUCUUAUUUUGCAGAUUCUAUGAACUUUCUGCUCUUUACUGUGGGAAUUGUAAUGGGAUUUGGCUUCGGUCUGAUGUAUUGUCCGGCCAUUAUUGUUGUUACGAUGUAUUUUGAAAAGUACCGUUCUUUGGCCACAGGGGUUACAGUCUGCGGAGCUGGAGUUGGAACAGCCGUGUUCUCCAAAAUCAUCAGCUUUUUGAUUGUUCGUUUUAACUGGAGGACCGUGUUCUUAAUCUACGCAGGUAAAUCUUUAAGUGUUACGCACAUUUAUAUUUUAACAAAAAACCCCUUGAGCAAACAAGAGGGGUUGUUAGUCCUCUCCAUAUUUAAGAUGUCCUUGCAGAAAUCAUGAAUAAUAUAAUUGUGUUUGUCUUCAGGUGUUGUUUUACUCUGCAUUCCCUGCGGCGCCUUGUAUCGGCCCAUCGCCUUUGAAGCUAUUUAUGAUGAUGACGAGGAGAAGGAGGGGGAGGAUGAGGAACAGAAACAAAAGAACGAUCAGAAAACAAACGGAAAGAUUCCACUACCGAGUGAGAAUAACACCCUCACAACUGGACCCAUCAGAUCAGCAGUCUCCCAUACAGGAAUUAAUGAAGAUCCCAAAGAAAAUAAUCUUCAAAGAGUCAGAUCUUUGGGCGGACAUUUGCAUAAGACAUCCCAGACAUCUGUAUCUUCACUCGGAUAUCUAAAUGUAAAGGAUGUUUUCUAUGGAAGGUCGGUCAGCGAAUUGAAGGACUACAAUGAAAAGAUAAGAUCUGUAACCUCAUUGCCUUUGGAUCAUAAAGAAUCAUUACUCAGAAGGAAAGAAACUCAUCAUUCGAACGUGGAUAUUCUCAAGGAAUUGCCUGAGGAAGAUGAGAAUGAAGACAGUUCAGCCACUAGUGCAAGCAGGGCCAUUGAGAUGUGGAGGUAAGAAAAGCCACUGUUGUUUGUUCAUGUCCGCUUCAGGGUUCUCCAAAAAAUGUUGGACUUGUCGUUGUUCACCGAUCCCGCCUAUGUUCUGUUUGCAAUCUCCAACUUCUUGACCAGUAUCGGCUUCAAUGCCCCAUCCAUGUAUAUGCCUAUGAAUGCUGAGAACGUCCUCAAACUAAACAAAGUGGACGCUGCAACAACUGUAACAGCGUAUGGAAUAGCUAAUAUUAUGGGGCGUAUGGUGUUUGGAAUGAUUUGUGAUCGAAAACUACCAUUCAAGUACGGCAAAGACACUGCCAGGAAUCGUCUCUGGAUCUACAACCUUACCCUUAUCUUCUGCGGAAUCGCUUCGUGUUUUGUUUUCUUGAUGGACGACUUCUACUCAUUCGUUUCGUACUGUUUCUUCUUCGGAUUCACCAUCUCAUCGUAUGUGUGUCUCACUUCCGUUGUACUGGUCGAUUUGGUGGGUGUGGAUCGAUUGACAAACGCCUUCGGAUUGUUGUUGUUGGUCCAAGGUGUGGCCACAGUUGUAGGACCACCGAUCGCUGGAAGUAUGUAUGAUCUUACCAAGAGAUAUGACUGGACCUUCUUCUUCUGUGGUGUCUGUCUCUUUGUGAGUGGGGCCAUAAUGUAUGCAGUUCCGUACAUCCGUAAGAAGGAGAAAGAAGUCAGGUUGGAGGAUCCCGAGCCUACUACAAUAUCGCCGAUGGUCUCCUAA